CAGUGAGAGAAGUGAGAGUGAGAGAGAGGGUCGAAGAGGAACGACCCUUCAGACUUCAGCAAGUUUAUUUUUCUAAAAGUAGUUACAAAAGAAAGGACAAUAGUGCCAUUAUAUAUUUAUUGCUUCUCCCAAGUCAUUUAUAUUACUCAGAAAAGGCAAGACCCUUAACUCACAGAACACGUAAGACUGUAUCUCCGAUCUUUCUGAUUGAACUGAACAUUCUACGUUAUUAGUUCUGAUGUUAUUCAAUCAAAUUGGAAUGAGGACCAUUUAGUGGGGGAUAACACUUGGGCUUUGUUCUGUUGGAUUGAACACUUGUAAGAAUGCUCAUCAGGAGUUUAGUCUCUAGCAAACUCCAGUCUCUGAGUCUGAGGUGCUUUUCAUCUGCUGCAACUCCGCAAGUACUUAAGCCUGGGGAUGUCUUGAGAAAAGCAAGGGCUUUUACUGAGGAAGAUGUCCUUCACUACUCCAAGGUGACUCAUGAUUUGAAUCCUUUGCAUACUGAUUCUGCUGCUGCCCAAAAUGUUGGAUUUGAGGGUCCCCUCGUACAUGGGAUGCUCGUUGCUUCUCUCUUUCCACACAUCAUCUCGUCACAUUUUCCUGGAGCUGUGUAUGUUUCUCAAAGCUUGAACUUUAAGUUCCCCGUCUAUAUUGGAGAUCAGGUUAUUGGUGAAGUACAAGCAACUAAUCUGAGAGCAAAUAAAAAUCGAUAUCUUGUAAAGUUUAAGACAAGGUGCAUCAAGAGCGAUGAACUUGUUGCCAUUGAAGGUGAGGCUGUGGCUAUGUUACCAACCCUGACUGUGGAACAAUUGCUGCAUAAGGAGCAGUAGAAGCUAUUCACAAUUCUAGUCAAUAAUAAGGUUAUUGGAUUUGGAGGUUGAACUUGUGAUCCCCAACCCCGAACUCAAAAGAAUAAAUUAAAACAGCAUGUGCAAAAAGGUUUUUUCUCUCUUUCUGGUUCUGCUGUAGUUGACGAAGACUCGUGCUUGAUCGUUUCAUGUCUGUGACUGUGUUUUGGUAAUUUUUUCACAAAAGCUCACUUCUUUGCAUAGAGCUCCAAAUUUGUACCCUCCAACAGAAAUGGUUUUGGUAGUUGCUUGGUAUGAUGCUCACUAUUUAGUAUUUACACAAAA